AUGCUCUUGCACUUUGAUGUUUGGUGGUGCUAUGUAAAUUUCAGAUCACAUUUGCAUUCUUUAUUUCUCUAUAUGUUGAAUAUGUUGCUCAUUGCUAAGGAAAGUUCUAUUUGCAACUCUAAAACAGUGCAGAAUCUUGAAUGUCAUCAGAAAUUUCCCAAGGAAGAAACACUAAAAAGAAGAGAUAAAGUGAUUGGCAAAGCGCUAGAGAUACAUUUUAAAGAUAAUCCAAUCAAGAUAGUAAGAGGUUUAGGAACAUAUCUCUAUGAUGAAAAUGGGAAACGAUAUUUGGAUUGUAUCAAUAAUGUGACACAGGUUGGUCACUGUCAUCCUCAUGUUGUUCGAGCUUGCAAUAAUCAAAUGAAACAACUAAAUACAAAUAAUCGUUUCUUACACGACAGUAUUGUUGAGUACGCGGAGCGGAUCGUUGCAAAACUACCUGAAAAACUGAAAGUUUGUUUUUUUUGUUGUACAGGAUCUGAAGCAAAUGAUCUUGCAUUGCUAAUGGCAAAACUUCACACAGGAAAUGAAGACAUUAUUGUGUUAGAUCAUGCCUACCAUGGUCAUACAAAUAUUUUAAUGGAUAUAUCACCAUACAAACAAAAACAAAUGAAAAACCAUAAAUACAAAGAUUUUGUUCACGUGAUCACAUCUCCAGAUCCGUAUCGUGGAAAAUACCUUGGCUAUGAUGAAGAGACUGGAAUCAAAUAUGCGAAUGAAGUUAAAAGCGCAAUAGAAGAAGCUCAUGGAAACGGACGGAAGAUUGCAGCUUUCAUAGCUGAGUCAGCACAAGGAUGUGGUGGACAACUAUUUUACCCAGAUGGUUUUCUUAAACAUUCAUUUGAACAUGUUCGUAAUGGGGGAGUUUGCAUUGCUGACGAAGUUCAAACAGGAUUCGGUCGAUGUGGAGAUUUUUGGAUGUUUGAGCAUCAAAAUGUUGUUCCUGAUAUUGUAACAAUGGGUAAACCAAUAGCCAAUGGUCAUCCAGUAUCAUUGGUUGUAACUACAAGUGAAAUUUCUGAUUCAUUUGUUGCUAAAGGACCAAAUUAUUUCAAUACGUUUGGUGGAAAUCCUGUUUCUUGUGAGGUAGCACAUGCUGUGUUAGAUGUUAUUGAGCAAGAAAAGCUUCAAGAAAAUGCUGUAGAGGUUGGAAAUUUCUUAAUGAAGCAUCUUAAAGAACUUCAGAAAGUUCAUCCAAUAAUUGGAGAUGUGAGGUUAAUAUUUAAAUUGGAGGUUUAUUUAUUGGAAUGGGUAACUGACAGAGAACUCAAAACACCUGCUACUGCUGAAGCUGCUUUAAUUAAAGAAAAACUUAGAGACAGAUAUAUCAUCACAAGUGUUGAUGGGCCUGGAAAUAAUGUAUUUAAACUGAAACCACCUUUAUGCUUUACUCAAACUGAUGCAGAGUUCUUAUUGGUCAAUCUUAAUGAAGUUUUGUGUGAAGUUGAAGAGAUCAUGAAAAAGUAAAUCAUCAAUAUGUCCCGAUAUUGACAUAGAAAUUAUUUUAUGAUUCAACUAAAUAUAUCAUCCUGUAAUGAACUAGAACAGGACAUCGAGAUAACCUAUUUUUGAUGAUAAAAGUGUGUUAAUUUAUAUAAAACUUCUUAUGUUGUAGUUUAUAGUCACCUUGGAUGUUGUUAUAUGGAAUAAUUAAAUCAAAUUUAAUGAUACAAGAAAUUGAACAAACUACUUCUCACUUUUCAAUAAAUAAAUACUCAACUUCUAA